AAACAUCAACUUUCCUGUUCCUCUGAUGCUGCCUGGCUCUCAGUGUUCCUCCAGCUCCACACUGUGUUAUCUCAGACUCCAGCAAUGGCCAUUCUUACUAUCUCUGGACAAGAACCAGAGUGUGUGUCAUGUUGGUUGACCAGUGCAGAUUAGACGAUUGAACUCCAGCAAUAUAUUUCAGGGAGCUCUUACUCUUAGCCACGGCCACCUGCACCCAAGCUAUGUGCACUUAGGUAUCUGGUGAAGAUAUAUCUCAUAGGGAAUGGCGACCACAGAUUUAUAGAAGAUGCACAGAUCUCUUAUGGCUCAUUAUCUUCUGUCUGUUUUGGGGUGGAAUGAUGUUUAUAGCUGGCUAUUCUGUGACAGUAGGUUCUGCAGAAAGACUCAUCUUUGGGUAUGACAGCUUUGGAAAUAUUUGUGGAAAGAAAAACUCUCCGAUUAAAGGAGCCUCAUUGUCGGGACAAGACAUGACCAGCAGAAAGCACGUAUUUUUUCUCAACACCUGCAAUUUGGACAUUAAGAAUCUUAAAAUAAAUUCAUUGUCUAUUUGUGUCUCUGGCUGUCCGCAAGAGCAACUGAAUGGUCUAGAAGAGCUGAAACACUUUGCUCAGUACAAUGGUUCCUAUUUGUGUGUGUACAGUUUAAACAUUUCUGAAUACACCGAGCCUUCCAAAGCAGCUCACCUCUGUCCCAAGUUACCAGUCCCUCCAAGCAAGUCAUUCCCACUCUUCAAUCGCUGUGUCCCUCAGAGCCCUGCCUGUUACUCUCAUUUUCUCACCGUCCUUAUUAACGUGGUCAAGGAGAGUGAUUUUUUCCAGCGCAUCAUUGGUGGCAUAAUGGCGAACAAAGAGUACAUCGUAGGACUCUGCUUUUUUGCCGUAGUCCUCUCCUUGAUCAUGGUGGCAGUAUUCCGAUUCAUUGCCACAUUAUUGGUUCAUAUCUUCAUCACCCUGGUGGUUUUUGGAUUGCUGUUUGUAUCAGGUGUUCUGUGGUGGCUGUACUAUGACAAUAUGAAUGAUCCCAAUAUAGUCCUGGAAACGGAAAAGGAAAAUACUAAAGCACUUCUGGGAUUUGCCAUUACUGCAACCAUCGUAUCGGUCGUUCUUGUUGUGCUGACCUUGGUGACGUGGAACAGGAUAAGUUUGACUAUCCAGCUGUUUCGAGUUGCCAGUGGUCUACUUGGGAGUGUCCCUCUCUUGCUAUUCCAGCCAUUGUGGACCUUCGUCAUUCUCACGUUAUUCUGGGUGUACUGGGUGGCUGUGCUUCUAAGUCUGGGCACUGCAGGCAAUGUUCAUGUUACUGCAGACAGUCUGGUUGAGUAUAGACCACUCUCUGGCAUACGGUACCUGUGGUGGUACCAUGUAAUUGGGCUGAUCUGGACCAGUGAAUUUCUUGUUGCUUGUCAGCAGAUAACAGUUGCUGGGGCGGUGGUGUGCUGCUACUUCAACAGGGACAAAAAGAAUCCACCCAGCCACCCAAUCCUCACUUCUGUUUCGAGGCUUUUUAAUUACCAUCUGGGAACGGUUGUUAAAGGUUCAUUUCUAAUCGCUGUUGUCAGGAUUCCACGGAUUGUUCUGGUGUACAUUCACAGCAGUCUGAAGGGAAAGGAAGGUGCCUGUGCCAGAUGUCUGGUAAAUUGCUGUGCGUGCUGUCUCUGCUGUCUGGAAAAGUGGCUGCAAUUUUUAAACCAGAAUGCGUACAUUGCAACUGCAAUCAAUGGGACAAAUUUCUGUACCUCGGCUAAAGAAGCUUUCUUUCUGAUUGUAAACAAUGCGCUGAAUGUGGCAACGAUCAACUGCUUUGGAGACUUUCUUCUGUUUCUUGGAAAAGUAUUUGUUGUGUGUUUCACAGUCUUUGGAGGCCUCAUGGCAUUUAACUACAAUCGUGAUCUGAAUGUUUGGGUAGUUCCACUUAUUAUGGUGUCCUUUUUUGCCUAUUUGAUGGCACAUUGCUUUUUAUCCGUAUUUGAAAUGGUGGUGGAUGUCUUGUUCAUGUGUUACGCUGUUGAUCUGGCCACGAAUGAUGGGUCAGCUGAAAAGCCUUACUUCAUGGACAAGGAGUUAAUGGAAUUUAUAGGUAAAAGCAAUCGAAAAUAUAAGAGGAUCAGUCGAAAUAACACAGACAAGCUGGAAAAUAACCAAAACGCAACACAACUACUGCCAAUGGACAUAAAUACAGCUUGAUUGGUUUCGAUUGAAAUGGAUUAUCAACAUUCAGACAUUUUCAUUUGAUUGCUGCAAACUAACUAGAGAACUGAGCUCUACUAUCAAUUGUGUGGUCCACACAGAUGUAUUUUGAGCAAUAAUUUUUUUUAAAAGAAUGUUUUGUUGUUGUUUAGACACUCACCAGAUGCUGUAACACUUUCAAUAAGCUGAACUGUGACAAAUGCAGGGUCCUUAUGCUAUUUAAUCCACAGAGAGCUGGUAUAAAACCGAAUUUCUUAUAUUCACAGGUAACACACCCAAUGAUAUUAGCUCUAGGUUAGUUCCAAAUGUUUCCCCAAUGUCCACUAGCUGCCUUGCUAAAUGAUUGGGGAGAGUUUCAAUGCUAACACCUAUCUUCUGGGAAAAUGAAUAUAUUGCCCGUCAUGACAAAUAAUAAUCUGUAAAUAAGUUGAAUGAUGACCAUGAAAAUCCCAUCUGGUUCACUAACGUCUUUUAAGGAUGAGAAUCUGCCACCCUUGCCUGGUUUGGGCUUCGUAUGACCCCAGACCCACAGCAAUGCAGUUGACUCUUAGCUGUGCUUUGGGAAAUUAGGGACAGGCAAUAAAUCCUGGACCAGCUUGAGACAUCCAGAUGCCAUGAUGAAUUAAAAGCAAAACUGAAAUUUUAAAUACAUAACUAUCUUCAUUGCUCACUAUUUCAAAAAUUUCAAAAAAAAACUUCCGACUUCUACGUUUAAAAAAAAUACAAGUUUACAAUUAAACAAGUUUUGAAAGUUUUAGUAUUAACAUUAAAGUCUUUUUAUCUGUAAUAUUAUAUUGUCAUAAAACAUUAACAUUGCUUUCUGAUCCCUUCUAUCUUUAUGAAUAACAGCAGACCCCACCCCUCCAUCAUGUUAAUGCUAAAGCCUUGAAGUCCUGUUUAAGCUGUAGUAGCGUGCUUUUUUCUGUAAUAUGGGAGGGAAUAUGCACAAAGGGAGGUAGAGGUUUGGAACUCUUCCACAAAUGGCUUUUGAUGCUAAAUCAAUUGUUAGUUUUAAAUCUGAAAUUUAUGUUAAGCAACAGGUAUUAAAGGAUAUGUGCCAAAGGUAGGUAUACAGAGUUAGACCACAGAUCAGCUGUAAUCUCAGUGAAUGGGAAAAUAGACUCAAGGGACUGAAUGGCCUACUCCUGUUCAUAUGUUUCUUAUGAAAUUAAAAUAAAACUAACAGCCUUGACUUGCUAUGAAAAA